CACCUGGACCAUGUCCCUGCUCACACACCUGCUGGCCUGCCUCUUCGGGAUGGGCUCCUGGGUGUCCAUCAACGGUUUGUGGGUGGAGCUUCCUCUCAUCGUCCCCCAGGUGCCAGAGGGGUGGUACCUGCCAUCCUACCUGUCCGUCCUGAUCCAGAUGGCCAACGUCGGGCCUCUCUUCGUCACCCUGAUGCACCGGUUCCGGCCGGGCUCCCUGAACGAGACGGCGGUGGUCUACCUGAUCAUCGGCCUGGGGACGGUGGCCAGCUUCCUGCUGGGGUUCUUCUGGAAGGACGUGGUYCUGGUGGGCGGGGUCCCCCGCAGCGUGGCCCUCCUGGUUCUGACCUUCUUCCUGGCCGUGGUGGACUGCACCUCCUCCGUCACCUUCCUGCCCUUCAUGAUGCGCCUCAGGCCUCAGUUCCUGACCACCUACUUCAUCGGGGAGGGGCUGAGCGGCCUGCUGCCGGCCCUGGUGGCUCUGAUCCAGGGGGUCGGGGUGGUCCACUGCGUCAACGACACACAGCCCCCGAACCGGACCUCCAACGGUUCUGGUCCAGACGAGCUGCAGGCUCAGUACCAGCCUGCCAACUUCUCCUCCGAGGUCUUCUUCUUCUUCCUCAGCGCCAUGAUGCUGGUGAGCCUGGUGGCCUUCCUGCUGCUCAACUACCACCCAGCUGUGGCCAGGGACCGGACCCCCAACCGCUACGCCACCGGAGCCAAGGAGAACCGCCAGAACCGGGCCGGAGGGGCCGAGCAGAGGCCCAUGAUGGACCCCUUCAGACCCCCGACCCACAAACGCAGGAGCAGCUUUGGUAGCGGGGCCUACAGCUGGACCCAGGUGGUCUACAUCUUCGUGGUCCUGGGCUGGGUGAACGCUCUGACCAACACGGUCCUGCCCUCGGUCCAGUCCUACUCCUGCCUGCCGUACGGCAACAAGGCCUACCACCUGUCUGCCGUCAUGGCCGCCGUGUCCAACCCGCUGGCCUGCUUCAUCGCCCUCUUCGUCUCCGUCAGGUCUCUGAGCUUCCUGGGUGUCCUCACGCUGACAGGAAGUGCAGUCGGAGCCUACAUCAUGACCACGGCGGUCCUGAGUCCAUGUCCCCCCAUGGUCUACGAGACCUCAGGAGCUGCUCUGAUGGUGUUGUCCUGGAUUGUCUUCGUCCUCUCUCUGUCCUACGUGAAGGUGAUGAUUGGACUCGUCCUGCGAGACGAAGGCCACAGCGCCCUGGUGUGGUGCGGCGCCGUGGUGCAGCUGGGCUCUCUGCUGGGAGCCGUCACCAUGUUCCCUCUGGUCAGCAUCUUCGGCUACUUUUCAUCAGGAGACCCCUGCAACACCAGAUGUCCCUGAGGGGACACAGACCUAAACUCACUGUAGUGCCUUUUGCAGCUCUUUGGACUUCAGCAAACCUUUAGCUAAUUUAGCAAACAUUCAACCACUUCAGAAAACAUUAAGUCAUUUCAACAAACAUUCAGCUACUUCAGAAAACGUUAAGCCGCUUCAACAAACAUUCAGCUACUUCAGAAAACGUUAAGUCAUUUCAACAAACAUUCAGCUACUUCAGAAAACGUUAAGCCGCUUCAACAAACAUUCAGCUACUUCAGAAAAAAAUCAGCUACUUCAGAAAAAAUCAGCUACUUCAGAAAAAAACAUUCAGCUACUUCAGCAAAUAUUCAGCUACUUUAGCAAACAUUCAGUUACUUCAGAAAACGUUCAGCUACUUCAGAAAAACAUUCAUCUACUUUUGCUAACAUUCAGGUACUUCAGAAAAACAUUCAGCCACUUCAGAAAACGUUAAGCCGCUUCAACAAACAUUCAGCUACUUCAGAAAAAAAUCAGCUAUUUCAGAAAAAAUCAGCUAUUUCAGAAAAAACUUUCAGCUACUUUAGCAAACAUUCAGUUACUUCAGAAAAACAUUCAGCUACUUCAGAAAAACAUUCAUCUACUUUUGCUAACAUUCAGGUACUUCAGAAAAACAUUCAGCCACUUCAGAAAACGUUAAGCCGCUUCAACAAACAUUCAGCUACUUCAGAAAAAAAAUCAGCUACUUCAGAAAAAACAUUCAGCUACUUCAGAAAAACAUUCAUCUACUUUUGCUAACAUUCAGGUACUUCAGAAAAACAUUCAGCCACUUCAGAAAACGUUAAGCCGCUUCAACAAACAUUCAGCUACUUCAGAAAAAAAAUCAGCUACUUCAGAAAAAACAUUCAGCUACUUCAGAAAAACAUUCAUCUACUUUUGCUAACAUUCAGGUACUUCAGAAAAACAUUCAG